GUCACCGUCGCAACAACAACAAGACAACUUCCGCCCGAUCGUUACGGACAAGAAAACGAUAGUGUUCUCAUUUUAGUCUUUAUAUUUUAGUUUCAGUAACUGAUAGUACAUCGCAUAAAUGCGUUUUAUGUUACAAUAAAGAUUAGUUUCACGGUACGUCUCAGUACCAUUUAUUUUCUUACUGUCGAUAACUGAACAGAUCAUUGCAUUGCGGCUGUCUUCCGUAAGGUUGAGUAUGAGUGGGGGCGAAGUGUUUCACGAGAAACAGAGAUUGGAGCUCUGCGCCAUCCAUGCUUUGAACAAUGUGCUUCAGGAGAGAGUGUUCACCAAAGAGACAGCAGAUGACAUCUGCAAGCGGCUUGCCCCACAGUGUGUGAUGAAUCCACACCGCUCAGUGUUAGGCACAGGAAACUAUGAUGUUAAUGUGAUUAUGGCAGCUUUGCAGAGUCGGGGGCUUGCUGCUGUAUGGUGGGACAAACGCAGGUCAGUACAGAAUUUAUGCCUGGACAAAAUCCAAGGCUUCAUUUUGAACGUCCCGUCCAGAGUGUCACUGGGAUUUGUCUCGCUUCCACUGAGACGCAGGCACUGGCUGGCAGUACGAGAGGUCAAUGGGCAGUAUUAUAACUUAGACUCCAAAUUAAAAGGGCCUGCCUGUAUCGGUGGUGAAACAGAACUCAGGCCGUUUCUCAUCGAACAGCUUUCUCAUGAUGUUGCAGAGAUGCUCCUCGUCGUCCAGAAGGAAGUAGAAGACGACGGGACGUGGUUGAAACCAGAUCAACCCAGGGAGUAAUUUUUCCUGAUAGGACAUUCUCUCUCUCAAUGUGGAGUUAAGGAACUGGGAAUGAGAAAAAAGUGGUGGACAGGAGGUCUCAUUCAUAUAUCAUGAGCUGUGAAGAGCAGCUCGAAAGGAUGAUGGGUGAUGUGCUCACAUUCAUGUGCAAACACACAAAGAGAACUCGGAGAGAAUGAUCCAGUGUUAAAUUAAAGGGACAUCAUGCCUAAUAUGAAGAUGUUUAUUUGAACUCGCACUCGUUGUGUGGUUUUGGGAAGACACUACAUCACUGUCCUCUUUAUCCCUGUCUUUUCUCUCUCUCUUUCUUUCUCAGGAACUAAUCUCUUACUUUAUCUGUAUCUAUGCACUCCACUGCUAAAGUAGAUCAAAGAUUUUUGUGUUUUUGUUACAACUAUGCACAGAAAUGGUACUCUAAUAUUACUCAGUGUAUGGUCCUUUGCCUUUUAGACGUCGGUGUACACUUUACUAUGCAUAUAAGAAAGCGAUAAAAAUUGUUCUGUCUCAUGCUCGUGUUCUCUUUAGCUUUUAGGCUCUUUCACAAACUGCCUCAUUUACAGGACAUUGAAUCGAUGAGAACCACUGAACGGAGGGGAAAAGAAUAAAUUUGAUUUGUUUUAUUUAUUUGAA